AUGACGGAAGAGUUUGGCCGGGAAAUUGACAGAGAGAGCGUUGAAGCUCUUUUCGACAAAAAUUUCGAUGUUACCGACGAGCCCCUCCCUAGUGGCGAGACUUACAUUCCGGCGACAUCACAAGAUCCCCGUCAUGGGUAUGUCUCUGGACACAUGAUCCCGUCUGGGAUCUACUCUGAAAUUGUCGGUAAUCAUGCUUGGGGCUCAGCGAUUCUCGCAAACUACGCCAGAAGGCGCUGGGGUCUCGAACUAGACGAGGAGGUCAUUGAGGUAGCACAUGACUACUGGGUGGCUGAACAAGAGAUCAGAGUAUUGAACAACAGUCAACAAAGCAAUCAACCAGCGAGUGAAUCCCGCUCAUCUGUUGCAACUACUGUACACGCCGGUUCCCCCACAUUCCAGGGCAAAGCUGAGCACGACGUCAGCGUCAAAUGCUUCAGCAGGUCUAACGUAUUGGACUAUUUGUUUACAGACUUGUCCAAGGUUGAUGUCUAUCCCGAAGGGCCGUCCGAACCAGUCAGGUUUCGGCCAUGCCUCCAGAUCAUGAGACGAUCCAUGCAUUUCCGGCUCCUGGACCAAGACGCUCGUCCACUCAUUCGCCGGUUUUCCUUCGAGGACUUCACCUAUGGAGAAUUCCUUGACCCUUUCCCCCAAAUAUACCCAGUAGCUAAGCUGAUCGGGGCAUUCUACCAAGAGAUGCAUAUAAGUGGGUGCGUGACAUCACGAAAUGCCCUAUGGGACUUUCCACAACAAGACAGUGUCCCUGGAUGGUGCUUCGUGCUCAAUCACAUGAGAUUGAAUAGAGGUGCGCUAGAACCAUUCUCAACCCUGGCAGAUGAAUUUUUCGUAGUAGCAUUCCACGAACUACUGCUGAGCAGCUGCGCUACUGUCGUGAAGGUUUUAGACGGGCGCAGGCAUCGUCUCCUCGCAUCAGUGCAGAGUUUCGAGGACCUAGAGAACUUGUUUACUGAGAUCCGCACUGAAAGACUCGCCAGUCUGCCAAUCAGGCUGGAAGAUUUCGAAUGGCACAGCAAGCGGCUUCGGAUUUAUGCCCCUAGCGACGACGGCGACUUUCACCCCCCCCCCCCCCCCGACUCGGUGGACAUCGGAUGCACACGAUAUACUUCCACACCCUUUCACCCCGAAUAA